AUGAAGGCAUCGGAUAUUAACAAGUCAGGGAUGUUCAAAAUUAGAACAUUCAAUCCGAAAUAUACAUAUUCUUUAAAAGAUAAAGUGUAUUCGCAGCGACAAAUAACCAGUAAUUUGAUUGGUGGGAUUGUUAAGCCAAAAUUGAUAGAUCAUAAGAGGAAAUACACACCUAGGGAUAUUAAGAAUGAUGUGAAGAUGGAACAAGUUGUUGAUUUUACUUACCAGUUGGCUUGGGGGGCUAAAGAAAAGGCUCUAAAUUCUUUGAGGGGUAUGCCAGCAAGAUCGUACGGUAAACUACCAGGAUAUUUGUAUAUUCUGAGUAUAACAUACCCAGGAUCUCAUAUAUGUUUGAAGAAAACUGGAGAAAAUGAGUUUCUCUAUCUAUUUGUUGCAUUUGAUCCUUUCAUAUAUGGGUUUGAACAUUGUAGACAUGUACUUGUUAUGGAUGGGAGUCACCUUGGAGGUUCUUAUAAUGAAACAUUUGUGGCAGCAAGCACUUUGGAUGGUGCAGGUAUUAACAUGUGUGUUGUGUCUGAUAGGAAUGAGAGCGUCAUCAAGGCUGUUACUCGAGUGUAUAAUGAUUUGCCACAUUAUGCUUGUAUGUGA